ACAAAAUCAUGAAGUACCAAAUAGCCAUUGUAUAGUGGUCCUAUCGUCCUGCUGAACUCUCUGUCUUUCCAAAUCCUUCAAAUCCCUGUACAAUGGCAUUUCACAUCCCAAAAUCCAUCCCUUCUUCACCAACUCCCUGCACAUUUCCCCAUCCUUCAUUCUUGCCUCACAAUCUUCAUUACUCUCACUAUUACUACCGCACCAGAUUCACUCCCAUUUCCCGCCGCAAGCUCCUCCGACCUCAGCUGCAUAUUUCCAACAGUUCCAAAAGCGCGAACUCCAUUUCCGACGAGGAUAGUAAGAACAAUAGGCAGGAUAGUGUUGAAUACGUGGAGGUGUUCGGAAUCGGGAGUAGGAAGGAUGCCAUCCUCGAUUUUUGCUUGAAUUCUCCAUUUCUUUCCCCAGCUCUGCGUUUCUGGAAUAUUGUUGUGAAGGAUUCCACAAAGGUUCAAUUGCAACAAAGGCUUUCCAACCAAGAUAUAAAUCCAUUAGUGGAGGCUCCAGCCCAAUUGCGGCAAUGUUCAAAAGCGGUUAUACUUGUGGCUAGUGCUGCUUAUGGCACUGAGGAUACUGUUGCUCUUGAGAUUCUUGGGACAACAAAGUCUGAGAAUGGUUUAGUUGUUGGCAUUAUUUUGAGACCUUUCAGCUUUGAAGGACAGAGACGCCAAGCGGAGGUGAAUCAUUUGGUGGGCAAACUUCAAGAGCAUGCAAACUUUUACAUUGUGAUUGACACUGAUGCACUUCUAGAAAAGGAUUUGGUGACUUUGGAUGAAGCUUUAAAGACUUCGAACGACGCGGUUUUAAUGGCCAUAAAUGCCAUAACCAUUCUCAUAGCUGAAAAGAAUCUAAAGCUUCUAGAGGUGGCACAUAAUGAUGCUAAAGAAGUUAAAGUUCAAGAACUUCAAAGGAUUUUUGAGGCCUGCCGUGAAGCGAAAAUUGGAUUUGGAAAUGGUUUUAAUAUCAAGACUUCAGUUCUCAAGGCUGUUUUUGACUGCCCCUUCCUUGGUGUAGGCGUAAAGGAUUCCAGUGGUACAAUCAUCUGCAUUCUUGCAAGCUCAGGUGUCAUCAGUAACAAUGAUGCUGGUGCCAUUUUCCAAAGUGUUCGUCUAACUACAGAGUGCAAGGGGGAAAUUAUAAUGUCUAUAAUCCAUGACUCCAAACUUGAGUCCAAUUUAAUUAGAACUACAAUAAUAGCAUUUGGUUGUACUGGACAUCAAUCCACUAAGAAGAUGGGAUUUUUAUCAAGACUGGCCCAACAGUUUCCUUUCAUCUUCAAUAUCUUGAAGAACCAAUCACCAGAACCUCAGAGAACCACUGAAGUCUAUUUAUCCGAGCCUCAGCAUUUUUCUGGAGUGACAUUUUCUCAAGAACAUGAUUAUAUGCUAGAUAAAGGUUCCCUUGAUGAUACUUCUGAUGCUUCAUGUGGCUACAGAAGAGAAGUUGAACCAUCGUUUAAUAGUAGUGAUAGAGAUUCAUCUUCUUUAAGUUUUCUUUCCAGGAACUACAAUCUCUCUCAUGAACAAGUUGGUGUUGAAUUUGCUGAUUCUGACUCAUUUUCUCUUGCAAACAUGCCAGAUGCUGAAGGAGCGCCUACUUUUAGGGAGGAGCUGCUUAUUAGAUACCGCCUGGGGGCAGAUGAUCAGAAGACACAAGAGUGGACCCAAGAGUUGGCUGGAGAUACAGAAACCACUCUAACAGUUGAUAGUGUCAGCGUCUUCAGACUUCCUGUUGGUGUUAAACAUUUGGAACAGGCAGAAGAAUAUCCAGCACACACUAAGCAUCUGAAAAGAUGGACAAGGGAGGACAGCAGGAAAGCUCAGGUUGAUACUGCUACAAGUGUGUCUCGGGAUGCGAUGGGUGACAGGGGCUUCGAAGCUACAAUAAACUUCAAUAAUUUCUCAAAAACUAGAAAAGGAAAUUCGACCAAUGAUUCCAAUAAGCCAGGAGUUCUUUCCAAUCGGGCAGCAUCAAUGCUGGAAGCAGAACGAGAUUUACCAAACAAGAAGUGGAAUCCUGUACUGCAAAUGAAAUAUAGAGGAGGAAUAUACCAUGGCCGCAUCCAAGGAGGACUUCCAGAAGGAAAGGGCCGUCUUUCUCUUGGAGAUGGAAGCAUAUAUGAAGGCAUGUGGCGUUAUGGUAAGAGAUCUGGUCCAGGUACAUUCUACUUCAAAAAUGGUGACAUUUACCAAGGAUCAUGGAGGGAUGAUGUCAUGCAUGGAAAGGGUUGGUUCUAUUUCCACACCGGGGACCGAUGGUUUGUAAAUUUCUGGAAGGGUAAGGCAAAUGGGGAAGGGCGAUUCUACUCAAAGCUCGGUGAUGUGUUCUUUGGUCACUUCAAAGACGGAUGGCGACAUGGCCACUUUCUUUGUAUUGGCAUAGAUGGAACAAGAUCUCGUGAGGUUUGGGAACAAGGUGUUCUUGGAAGCCGUGAGCAGUUGGAUUCUGAUGCUGAUGUUGCUUAAGCUCUUUAGAGAUGUAAUUCAAGUUUGUAUUAUUCAGCCAAAGGUUUUUCUCUUUGACUCUCCUGAAAGCUCAAUAUGGUAAAACAAUAGAGGAUGCCGGACCAGCCUUUCAGUUAGAGCAAAUACUGGGACCAGCUGCCUUGUAAAUGUUGCACAGAUCUUGUUUAGUUUCUUAGCCUGUCUUGCCAACAUGUAUAGGUGUCCCAUUCAAUUGUCAACCAUUUGUAUAUAUAUAUAUACCUCUGACAGUAUGCAAAAGGAAAAUUUAGCGUUUCAUGGGGAUGCAUUUUUAACGUAUGUUGUGAUGAUUUCAACCUAGAGAGAACAUUGGUGCACUCGUGCAGAUUUUGAAGUUGGGUCAUUGUUGCAGAUAGUACCUUGCGUCAGCUCUGCUUCCUUUAUUUUGUUGGAAAUCUAUUGUUGCAUUCUUA